GAACAUUCCAAAACCUCAACAACAAUCAUGCCGGAAAGCAAAGACAGUGAUCUGGUUGACGGGGGUGGUCUAUGCCCACCGGGGACUAGCAGCGCGCGCAACGACGGCCUGAGUACUCAAAAUUCUGAUGACUGCGAUUCUGGAGAAGGCUACCACCCUUCUUCUAUUAACUCAAACCUCGAUCGCAAAGAUUCUAGAAGCUACCAUCGCUCUUCUAUCAACUCAGACAACGACAAUAACUCGAUUCUUCCUCAAUACCCUCCUCCAGUCUACGAGAUGUCACUAAUACCUUUACUACCUCUAUUCCGCCGAACCCCAGCCGCAACACCAGCAACUACAACAGUAGCAGCCGGUCCACCCGCAGCUGCAGUAGCCGCUAAUCUACUUGCACCAACAAUCGCCGAUUUACACGAAAUUGUAGUAGCUAAUCUACCUACAAAUCAACCAACUACUACACUUCAACCAGCUGCAAGUCAGCGAAAUGCACAUCAACAAGAUGCACAUCAAGCCGGUGUCACUAUCUAUGGCUCCAGGGGUUGCUGCAGUUCUAAUAUCAAUAUAGGGGCAACUACUUUCGCCGUUAUUAUCACUUGUAUCGCUGGUGUUAUGGGACCCGUGAUUUACUUUCUAACUCGGAAAUAAUACUACGAUAUGAUCUUUUCGAGGUUAUCUUCGUCUCUCGUCGCUAAACUCGAUCUCGACCAACAAAUGGUUUUCUUUAUUGAUGGGGGUUUAGGGUUUAUCUAUGGUGGCGCUUUGGAGGAGUUCUCGAAUCACGGUCGACUGCUUUGAAGCAUUGGAAGGAAAGUUUGUUUUUGCAUGCGGCGACGGCGUUGGUACAAUAAAGGGUGAACUCUCUCUGCAUAUGGGACCGGCGUUUCGAGCGAACAUGGAUUUUAAGCGAGCAUAAGAAAAUACAACGCGUG